AUGUGCAAGCUGGUCCGUGCGCGUUGUUAUGGCAGGGGAGGUGGUGUCGCGUGGGUUUGUUUAUCGUCCGAACGUCCGAGCUCGUUCCACAACAUCACUGCAACUUCUUUACCAAGCACAACUACCAUUGACCGCAUCAGCUACAGAAAAGCGUCUCAGCCUACAGCAUACUUACCCUUUGGAUACCUCAAAUACACUCAUAAUACCGCCAAGUUGGCGCGCCUCAACGAAUCCCCGGUCCAAAUGGAUCCGCCCUCUUCACCCGUCAAGCCGCCCUUCUCACGGGACAUGCCUGUGUUUCCGGCGAGCCCAGUGCGCGUAGGCACACCACCACGAUCACCGCGACACGGCGGCGAAUCUCCAGUCAUGUCCCCUUCCCAGUCUGCACCCAACAUGCGAUCGCCCUCUCCAUUGCGUAACCAACAUCAACGCACCGGCUCGGAUGCCUCCGUCGAAAGCAUCAAGCGCAGACACCAACGCACCAAUUCGGAGAUCUCAGUCUCAGGGCUUGCUGUCAUGUUCGAGAACCUCGAGGUUAAGGACCCAAAGGAAGCGGCCAAACGAUACAAGGAAGCGCUUGCAAAAGAAAAGGCAAAAGGGGACAAGGCAGAAACGAGAUACCAGAUGCUGAUCGACCGCAAAGAUGUUUAUAUCGAACAGCUGAAGGGUGACUUGGAGAAAGCAAAGGCCGCACUUGAGGUUGGCGUUACAAAGUCCAAUUACGAGAGAGAGUACAUGUCUAGCCGGGAGAAGAUUGCCACCCUAACCCAAAGAUUGAGUGACAUGGAUGACAAGUAUCGAACUCUCAACAUAAAACUGGACCGCAGCGAGAGACACCGCCAGAUCUAUGAGGAGAAGUACAUUAAGUAUAGAAAACAGACUCAUGAACUCACCAAAGAUAACUUGAAGGUGUCGGGUAAGAUCCCAACAUUACAGGCGGAAAUUCAAGUGCUAGAACGCAAAUUACAACGCACCGAAUCGGAUGUUCGCUUCAAGACAGAGGAGGCUGCAAAAUACCAAAACCAGGUAUACGGCCUCCAAGUAGAGGUGGAGAGUGUUCGUGCUCGAUCGGACGAGCAAAUACAGUCGCUACAGCAGCAGUUGAAGGUUGUGGAGGAGGAGCGGGAUGCGCUCAAGACCAGCUUGCAGGAAGAGGAAGUCAUGCGAGUCGCUGCAGAAGGCCGUAUCGCUCUUCCUGCUGUUGCCGCAGACGAGAACGAUGAGUUUGACUCUCCCAUACGUUCACCACGCAAACAGCGCAAGUGUCGGAAAGAUGAAGAUGACAAGGAAAACGUGUCUCCUAAGAAGGGGGCCGUCGAACUGCGAUUCCUGCAGCAAGAGUUGACUGCUGAACGACGGCUACGCGAACGUGCCCAAGAGCAGAUAGACUUCAUGAAGAUGGAGUGCCAGUUUGAGUGCUGCUCUUGCCGUAUUGCUGAAAGGCAAAGCAGACAAUACGUUCAUGACAACACCUAUGCCACGGAAAUGGAACGUAUCAAGACAUCUGUCCCGGCAUUCACACCUCCACCCAGUAAUCACGAAGACGAUCAGAUGGAAGAUGCGGUAGCCAAGCAUGAGACCAUGCAGCCUGAACGUCCAUUUACACCACCUUUGGAGGAGUCAUUGCAGUCGAAACAGGACAUGGACCAUGAAAGUGCUGUUCAUGUGCACACGCCCCCUGUCGCAUCAGACACCGUGCUUGCAUUCUCGCCCUCUACAGGUACCUUUCGCUCUGUCCCCUCACCCGUGAAGGCAGCUGCCCCUGCUUGCGCUACUACGACAUUACAGCCAUCACCCCUGAUAGAGUCGAGACAUGUGUCCAACACUGUUGCUGAUGUUGAGUCUACACUAGUGUCAAGGCCACAGUCACGAGUAGGAUUUGUCCGUAGCGAGCGUAGGGAGAGCAAGACUAUUGAUAUCAGCAUUCACGAGGAUGCCAUCGAUGACAGCGAAGACGAGGACGAAUCGCCGCCAACGCCACCAUCCCCGCCUCAGGAGCCAUCUGGGCCAGCCACCCCCUAUCUCACUCGAACAAUCACCACCACAACUACGAUUCCGCUCCACUUUUCACCCGCGACUCCAGCCUUCAAGCCUGGCCGGGGCCCCAUGACACCUUCCACUGUAGCUCACGCAGCAGCAGACGCUUCUACACCCGUGCUUGGCGAGCUCUCACUCAACAAGCUACCGAUCGACCGAGAGGCCGCAUUGCAGGCCAUCCGCGAGCGACGAGGUCGUGCUAGAAGCAUGGCUGCCGGGCAGGGAACGCCGAUGAAAUUGAUGGUACAGGGUGUCAAAGAUCGGAGAGACAUCAGUGCGCCUGUCUCACGGGUACGAAAAUGA